UGUUAGCAGCGACAAGAAAGGAUACGGAGAGGACGGAUGACGACGACGACACGGGAUCAUAGAUGCUAUGGAAGGGGCAAAUCGGCACACGAUAGACAAUGAUGAUUAUUGUUUUCCAACCCAGGAGGAUAUUUGGUUCAAAUUUGAAUACAUCGUAUACAUUAACUUUGCCAGCGAAAUGGAUACGCAGUGAGAUUGCCGGACGUGAUUGUUCGUUAUUGAUAUUCUGUUUGUGCACUCGAAACGAUAAGGUGGAUUGUUUGGAGGAACAAAUUAUUAAUCGAUUCCUGUUGUCGAAGACAUGAUUUUGAACUCGGGAUGAUUGAUCCUCUAUGGCGCGACCGGUAUAUUCUGUGGAAGAAUAGCAAAAUCUUGCAACCUGAUGAAGAACCAGUCAACAACGAAGAGAACGUCUCGGAAUAUGACUUCUUCCACAUUGCUAUCGCACCAGUUCUUAGGUUCUCCCAACUCUUUGGAGUCUUCCCACUCAACAGCGUUAUGAAUCGUCUUCCGGGGAAUAUGCUGUACAAGUCGGUCAGCUUCGCCACAGCCCUCAGCAUGAUGGCCAUUUUCGGUGGAUACGCCGUGUCAGUUCUAAGCCUGAAACGCCUUGCUAGGACCGGACUAGACGCCAUAAACAUGGCGGAGCCAUUUUUCUUCGCAGUGUGUGCCACGAGUGCAGUUCUUUUUUGGGCCCUGGCCAAGGAAUGGCAGUUCGUAGUAACGGUAUGGUCCGAAACCGAACGAGUGUUUCUGCGUAAACCAUUUCGAGGCAAAGCUCUAAGAAGUAGCAUUCGCCGGACAGCCUUCGUGGUUCUAACGCUUGCUCUAGCUGAACAUAUCUUUUCUGUGGCAAACAACAUUGCCAAUUUGCGAAGAGAGGUUCACCAUUGUAACUGGACCAUAUCAAGCCCUGUUAAAUACUUUUGUCUGAAAACAUUUAGUUCUGCAUUUGAUAGUAUUCCUUACAAUCUCCCAGUAGCAAUCUAUAAUGAGUACGUAGUCGUCGCCAUGACAUUCGCGUGGAACUUCGUAGAUCUGUUCAUUGUCCUGGUCAGUAUUGGUCUGACCACUCGAUUCACUCAACUCAACAUCCGCAUAUCGGAGCGAAUCCAAAGUCGGAAAGGCACUACCGAGGAUUUCUGGGAACAGAUACGCAUACAAUACGUGUCACUCUGCGAUUUGGUUGUUUUGCUGAACCGAUCGAUCAAUCGCCUGGUGUUUGUGUCCUAUGCCAACGAUCUGUACUUUAUCUGUCUGCAAAUAAUGCAUGCCACCUUGGAGCAACCGUUUCUGAUCAACCGAGUGUACUUCUUCUAUUCCUUCAGCUUUCUUCUGCUGCGAACGUUUCUCAUGUUUUGGUAUAGCUCUCAGGUUCAAGAUGCUAGCCACCAGCCGUGCAGAUUGAUUUUACGGGUUCCGAACCACGAGUAUUGCGAUGAGCUUCAACGGGUACAGAUGUAUUCAAGAAGGGGGGUUAGUCUCACUGGAAUGGGAGUUUUUCUAGUUUCGCGAAGGAUAUUUUUAACGAUUGCCGGAACGAUCAUUACGUAUGAAUUAGUACUACUAUCAUUUCGUAAACGAAUUAUGGAUGAACCAGAUGAUAACAACGACGUUUCAUGUAAGCCGUUACAUUUGGACUAAGAUGCAAAUAUUAUAAUCAAGUAUCGCAAUGAGAAACAAAUUCAACAAAGUGAUUUUUAUCCCGAUGCUCAUUUACAUAAAAAUUCAAAUUCUAAAAAAA